UGUCCGCUCCCGAAAUGACUCACGUCAAGUUCUACGUUCAACCAACAUUGCGAUACUAUUAAAACAGCGUCCGCAAGGUUCAAGUUUCCACAAAUAGUCUCACGUAAAUAGCAGUCGGCCGAAGAGUAUAAAGGUACCGCACAUCAAUAGCAAGUUUGUUUAUAAUUCUCAGUGUCUCACUAUGCCGCCACGGAUUGAUGCCACAGCAAUCAAUGAGAAACCUGGAGUGUACACCGCGGUCUACAAAGAUUACGCUUUCGUCUUGAACCAGACCAACAUUACCGACAACAACAACAAGUUUUAUAUCGGACAGAUUCUCCGCCGCAACGACAAGAGCUACGAUGUCUUUACAAAAUGGGGCCGCGUGGGCGAAGAAGGGCGGUCACAGUUAGUAUGCGACGGAGUGGAUGCUGACACCGCGGUGGCCGAGUUCAAAGAGAAAUUUCGUGAUAAAUCAGGAACCACCUGGGAAAAACGCGAUUAUGAACCAAAGUCGGGGAAACUGUACACGCUGUUAGAGAUGGCCAGUGCCGGCGAUCAUCUGGACAAAGCGUUGCAAAAUCUGAAUCUGGAUGCCACAAAUUUACCGCUAGGCGCAAUCUGCGCUAAUCAGAUUGUACGAGGACGCGAAAUUCUGGACAAAGUCGAAGAAGCAUUGGAUACACUGAUUGACUUAUCAGAUCAGUAUUACUCACUCAUUCCCCAUGCUUUCAACCGAUCAACAACUCCUCCCGUAAUCAACACGAUCCAAUCUGUCCGCACCGAGCGCGACAUGUUGCAUAAGCUAAACUAAGUUUCACGGUAUUUUUAUUUGGCGUUGUAUGGAUUGGUCAACCCUCUUGAACUUGUAAAAAAAUAAAAAAGCAGUGUCAUGGGACACUGCACUGACCGUGUCCAGAUAACGAACUAUUUAACUGCUGACUCGAUGAACCUCGUUGGAAAAACAA